AUGUUUGGUGCUACUAUGCGUUCAUUAUGCAUUCUGGCAUUCGCUGCCCACACCGCCUUCGCCGGUGUAGUAACUGUUUACCUCGUCGAUCCACCAAGACCCACCACGACCGAGCCAGACAUCUCUGUCGUCACCUACCUAGGUACAACACACGUCUCAGCGGUAGGCACCGGUGAGGGCGGACGGACGAAAUAUGAAAUGGACGCGGUGCAGAGCCUCCUCGUGGCCGACAUCCGUGGCAGCACGGUCACUGUCCUCAGCGAACCAACCACGAACAAAUUCCACUUCGAGGAAAAUCAAACAGAGAUGAAGCUACACCAGAUCGUAACGGAGUACGACCCGCCCGUUACUGCGCUUUCUCAGAACUGUAAACUCGAUAUAGAGAAGCAGUCUGGUGAAUGUGUGCAGAAGCAUAUUUAUCGAUUUGAAUAUCGCACGGAUUCGGCUGGAAGCACAACUCAAACAAGGACUUACGAGUCGACAUCUACGUUUACUGGCACCCUCUUUCCUAUAGCUACUUUAACAACCAGCGGUGCAAAGCAGGCGAUAAGCGGAAAUAUUGGCAUUGUUGCAACUAUGCUUUUCGCGACGGCCUUUGCUAGGUAUCUGUAA